CAAAGGUUCCAAAGUUAUUCCUGUACAGCUGCCAGGGGGAGUGGACUUCCCCAUUAACAUCCGCAGCUUCACUAUUGUAGGAGAGGCAGUAACAGAGUUAUGUAAAGAAAUGGGCAUCUCAGAUUUCAAAGAACUCACGGAGUUCUGCGUCCUCGCCUCCAGACGUAAAGAUGGAAUGGUGCGUCCUCUCCAUGCUGAAGAGUACCUGUUUGACUUCCUGUUGGACGGUGGAUCUAUCUCCUUGUCCCUGAGGAGAGUGAACUGGAAGAGCCCUCUGUCCUACAGCAAUGACCUCUAUGUGGAUUUCCACUAUCAGCAGCUGCUGGGUGACUACCUGAGUGGGCAGCUGAUGCCUCCUCCUGCUGCAGGAGGGUCCUCACCAGUCCAGCUGAUGGGAGAGCUGUCAGCCCUGCAGCAUCUGGCUCUGGGUUUGGAAGACCAGCCUACCCUGCCGAAGAUAAAGGAGUACCUGCCAUCACAGGACGGGCUCAGCAGCAAAGUGGAGGAGAUUUACUCCUUCUGCCAGCGUCAGAUAACUGCCAUGGAGUCGCUCAGUCCUCAAGAUGCCAAGAUACGAUUCAUUGAGUUUGUGAGCACCCUGCCUCUGUUUGGCUCCAACACUUUCCUGGCUCAAAAGGUGAGCCAGAGUGGUAUUCCCUCGCCCUGCAUGGUGAGCAUCAACCAGGAGGAGGUGCUGUUCCGUCACCCUAUAACACAGGAGCGAGUCUUUCAGAUUUUCCUGACAGAUGUUCAGUCCAUGCGCACCAUCGCACCCAAGAAACAAGGCAAAGAGCCAGCAGUGGAAAUAAACUACGGCAAUCCAGCUAAUCCCAAAAAAGUCACCAUUCAUCUCAAACAGGCUAAACAGUUGUGCCACAUGCUUGCUCUGCUGAUGGAGAGCUGAUCCCGCUGUCGGCCACCACGUCUAUUUGUCAUGGCUAGUAGUCACACACAGUAAAGGGAUUUUUUGUUAAUGACUGGCUUCUGUGACUGAUUUGUUUUUAUCUCUUAAUUAGUGAAUUAUUGAUCAAACUGACUGAUAUAACAUGCAGACAUGAUGUUGAUCUUCUUUUCAGUGCUUUCUGAGAGGAAAUAUGAUGCUGUGCAAACCCAUGUAUCACAAAUGCAGGAGGAUGUGCGUUAAUUCACUGUACUAGUAAAUCAAAGCCUUACCGUAAAUUUGAUCAUUUUGUGUAUUAAAAUUCUAUUUUUGAAAUGUAAAGGCUGUUAAUCAUGAUAAGAAUUAAGAGCAUACGCAUUUUUAAUGUUAACAAACAAUUUAUAAGCAUUAAAUAAAUGUUGAUUUAUUUAAUCUCAA